ACCGGCUGAGUUUGACCCAACGUUCAAUGGGCCCAUGAAGAAAAGAGGGUGCACUGAUAUCAUCUGCUGUAUCCUGUUUAUGGCGGUCCUCCUGGGCUACAUAGCAGUUGGGAUUUUAGCUUGGCUUUUCGGUGACCCAAGACAUGUUCUUUAUCCAAGAAACUCAACUGGAUGGUUCUGCGGCAUUGGAGAGAAUGAAGGCCGACCCAACCUGUUCUACUUCGACUUCAUCAAGUGUGCCACAUCUGUUAAUGUUAUGGCAAAUGCCCUUAACGGUUUUCAGUGUCCAACCAUGCAGGUGUGCGUGGAGAGCUGUCCCUCUCAGUUUUGGGCUGUGGGGAUACUGUCAUAUUUGCCUAAUGUAAAGCCAGCAGACGUUUUCAAUCAAACUCUCUGUGUGCCAUCCAUAGACCUGGCAACAACUAAGUUUAGUGUUCAAGACAUAGUGGACAAGGAGCUGUGUCCUUUCUUCUACAUGCCCACGGCCUCUGUGCUGGGGAGAUGUUUGCCCGAUAUCACAGCACUGGACAGGGUCCCUUCGUUCUUCUCAGAAAUUCCAGGUUUACCCUCCUCAGUCAACGACACAGUCAACCAAAUGAUGAACGGCACAGGGGACAUUGUGAAUGGCUUCAAUGCCAGAGACAUUGGCAUCCGCAUCUUUGAGGAUUUCGCGUCGUCAUGGCCGUGGAUCCUCGUUGGUCUGGUAAUAGCCAUGGUGGUCAGCAUGCUGUUCCUGUUGCUGUUGAGAUUCACCGCUCCAGUGAUGGUAUGGGUGCUCAUCGCAGGACUCCUGGGUGCAGGGGCAUACGGUAUAUGGCACUGCUACUGGGAAUAUAGUAACUACAAGAAUGCCUCUGCUACAAUUUCUAACAUCGGUUUCACCACCAACUUUAACGUUUACCUGCAAGUCCAAGAGACCUGGCUGGCGUUCUUGAUAAUCAUAUCUGUGGCGGAGGCCAUCAUUCUCCUGACAAUCAUCUUCCUGAGGACCAGAAUCCUCAUCGCCAUCGCCAUCAUCAAGGAGUCCAGCAAGGCAAUCAGUCACAUGAUGUCCUCUCUGCUCUACCCUCUGGUCACCUUCGUUCUCGUGCUGGUGUGCGUCGCUUACUGGGGCGCCACUGCUUUAUAUUUGGCCACUUCAGGAGGCCCCAUCUACAGAGUGGUGGCUCUGAACUCCACUAUGAACGACUGCAAGAGUAUCAACGGCUCUGUGGACUGUGACCCUCAGAACUUCAACACGUCAGACUACCCAGACUGCCCCUCAGCCAGCUGCAUCUUCAUCAAAUACAACGAGGAGGGUCUCUUCCAGAGGAACCUCUUCAACCUGCAGAUCUACAACGCGGUGGCUUUUCUCUGGUGUGUCAACUUCGUCAUCGCCUUGGGCCAGUGCACGCUGGCAGGGGCCUUCGCCUCCUACUACUGGGCCUUCAACAAACCCGACGACAUCCCCUACUUUCCUUUGUCUGCUAGCUUCAUACGCUCUCUCAGGUACCAUGUGGGCUCUUUGGCGUUUGGUGCUUUGAUCCUGACCCUGGUGCAGAUAGCGAGAAUGAUUCUGGAGUACAUCGACCACAAAACCAGACAGGCUCAGAAUCCAUGUGCACGUUUCAUAUUGUGCUGCAUGAAGUGCUGCCUCUGGUGUCUGGAGAAGUUCAUAAAGUUCCUCAACAGGAACGCUUACAUCAUGAUUGCCAUUUAUGGGACAAACUUCUGUGUCUCAGCCAAAAAUGCUUUCAUGCUACUCAUGAGAAAUGUAGUGAGGGUUGUGGUGCUGGAUAAAGUCACAGACCUGCUGUUGUUCUUCGGGAAGCUCCUUGUGGUCGCAGGAGUGGGUGUCUUGUCCUUCUUCUUCUUCUCUGGACGAAUAUCGCUACCAGGCAACACCUUCCGCUCUGAAACCCUCAAUUACUACUGGAUGCCAAUUAUUACGGUGGUGUUUGGAAGCUACCUCAUAGCCCACGGAUUCUUCAGUGUGUACAACAUGUGUGUCGAUACACUCUUCCUCUGCUUCUUGGAGGAUUUGGAGCGUAACGAUGGAUCUUUGCAGAAGCCUUACUUUAUGUCCAAAAACCUCAUGAAGAUCCUCAACAAAUCCAACAAAGCCCCGAAAAAGGUUAAAGGGAAAGAAUGAAAUCAUUUCACCACCUAGGUUUAUGAUGCCACACUAACAAUGUCACAGAAUAUCAGGAUCUAUAUUUUUUAAUACCUUUUCAAUUGUUUUUCAAACAAGUCUACUGAAACUUAUUUGCUGAUUUUGCACCUUUUCUUUUUUAUUGUAUAUAUGCAAAUGUGGUAUUAAUGACUGUGCACAUGAAAGGACUGUGAAAUUCAAAGUGUCUUAGACAUCAAAUGUAUUUGUUUGUUAAAAUUGUUUUUCUUUGUCUCAUGACAAAAAAUCCCCAAAUAAUUUUAUUUAACUCUUAACCAUUUUUACUGGCUUAUAGCUGUAUCUCCGUUCCUUUUAGACUUAUUUAUCUUGGGUUUGUUAAUCCAGUUUAAUGGCUUUUAAUGCAAGUAAGAGUUUUACCUGCAGCAAGUUAUUUUCUAUUUUGAAUCACGUUCUUUCGUGGAUGAUUCAUAAGAUGUAUUUUCAUCAGAUGGAACAAAAAUAAAUAGCAACAGUAAAAAGUAAUAUUUUUAGAUAUUUGUAAAAAAAAAAGAGUUAUAAACACAAAACAUUAUUUACAAUCCCAAUAAUGGUACUGAUUAUAUGGAUAGGUUGUUAAUAUGUACAUGACAAUACUGUUUGUCUUCCAUCAACCUACUGUACUUCCGACACUGUCACUGUUUCUCCCCUUCAGAGAUGCUCCUGUACAUGUAAACAAUCAUGGUUGAUAUUAUUUACUAUUCUUUGGUUUUCUUGUUUAUCAGAUAACCCAUUUACAUGUUUCUUCCUUUUGUGAAGCCUGCAAAUACAGAACCAUAAAAAAAAAUUACUCUUUAGAAAAUCUUCCUUUUCUGCUUGAAUUAUUAAACAGAUGACAUACACAGCUUAAACAAAUAUAUAUGUAGUUUUUUAAAUCCAAUUACAUAAUAUUAAAAUGUAGAUAGACAACUCAAAACAAAAGGAUUUGUUUUUAAUUAAGUUUUAAUCUCUUACAUCAUUUGGUUUUGCACAAUGUCUCCCAUUUAACUCUGUCAAAUCGUGACUUCCAUCACUUAGUGUCACAUAAGCCUUAUAAUACAAAAAGUAGCUUGAACAGACAGGUAUGAAAGAAAUGACGAGCUCCUGUUUCUCCCACAGAAAACCUUGAGUUCCUCUGACCCUGGGUGAUGUUUUAUUGUCCGAUCCAUUGCAUCUAGAUUAGAUGAAUUACUGAAUUACAGCGGUAUCACACACCAAAAUGUGUUUGAUUAUGUUUGGAAGUUAUAGUGUAUAUGUGGUGAAUAAAAACUCCCAUGAAGCGGUUUGUGGCUCCAGAGCUGUGUGGGGCGGAAAACAAGUAUAAAACUGAAAGAAGUGUGUGUGGAGUAAGAAAGAAGUGAGUGUCACUUUUUCCUUAACUUGUCAGAUAUUAUUAAGAUGAAUGCGUGUUAGUUUAGCUCAACUGCUUUAAACAGUGUUCAGUAAAUGAAGGUCCACUGUGUCAGUUACAAAAGAGCAAAUCUCCCCAUAUCAAAUCACAUUAGCAGGGAAGGACAAACUUUAUGUAUUUAAAUUAAUUGGUGAAGUUUGUAGGAGUUAUUUGGGCUGCAAGCAUAUUCUAAUAAAAGGAAUUCACUUGAUUUACAAAAGCAUCUUGAGGCCAACUCGCUCAAACCUUCUGACCUGUGGCUGGUCAUCCACUCAAACACGUAAAAACAGCAUUUACAAUAUUCAUAUAUACAAAUAUAUAAUGUUUACACACUCACUCAGACACACUGACACAUAGUCAAGAAAAAACGAAUCACCUUGACAGAAAGCUUCCUGUAAAUUCUCCCUUCAACAAAUGACUGAAAGGAUUCUGCUCGUGCGUUGCAUCGAGUCUGCCUUCAAGACGUAUUGUGUAGAUCUUAUCGAGCUACUUUAUUAGUCAGAACGUUUCUCUCUCAACAAUUUGCUCUUUAAUAAACAAACUGUGUGUGUCAGAUUGCUUUUUACUCUCAAGUUGCUCGUGUUGAUGCGAAAAAAUCUCCCAAACUGGGGCUAAAUCGUCCCUUGUUUGUACAGCUUUGUGAGGAAAGACACAACAAGUGGUUACACGCCAACACACGCUCCAAUCUUUAGGACAGUUGCGUCUACAAAUGACUUCACAGUGCAAUGGCAGGUUUUCGUUAAGACAAAUGUAUAAAAAAAUCCAUCCGUGCUAUUUCUACUUGUCUGUCUGUUCUCAAGCAUUAGUCGCUAAUUCUAGGAGUUCUUGUUCAAUUCACAAGGAAACUGUAAACAGGAACACAAAUCAUUUACACUUUCCACCCCCCUGACAUCGGACAUGAAUCAUCCGCUACUCUUUGGCCAUCUAGAGUAAGAAAUAACAAAUAGCCUUCCCUCUCUUUUCAUUUAACUCCACAAGAGGAA